AUAUAUAUAUAUAUAACAAGGUUCAGUGAAUAUUCAAUUAGGUUGACACCCACCCUGUGAGACUCUGCAGUCUGCAGACAGGAAGUGGAAGUAAGUGCUGGUCUGUGUUAAUAGAAGGGGACGGUGCAUUUAAGCUCCACAGUGUUAGAAGCAAAAAGUGAGCGCACGUGACGCUGUAGUUGGAGUGUGCUUCCUGCAAAUUGUAUCUGUGACACUUCCUCAACAAUAUGGCGGCGCCCAGUCCGGUCCGUGUGAAGCUGCUCUUCGACUAUCCGCCGCCGGCGAUUCCUGAGAGCUGUAUGUUCUGGCUGCUGCUGGAUGCCAAGCGAUGCCGGGUAGUGACUGAUCUAGCCAGUAUCAUCCGCCACAAGUACAUGGAUGGGCAGGGAGGCGGCAUCAGCCUGUAUGUGGAGGAUUGUCUUCUGCCCCCAGGGGAGAGCAUCCUAGUCAUAAGGGACAAUGACUCCAUCAGAGUAAAGUGGGAUGGAGCUGCCAUAGAGAGAAACCAAGAAGCAGAAACCUGUAACGAUGGAGCACAGAACAAAUCCAAGAAACGACACUGGAAAAAAUCUGAGGAUGAAUGUGACUCUGGCCAUAAAAGAAAGAAGCAGAAAAGCAGCUCUACCCAAGUGGAUCUCAAGUCUGGGAAGGAUGGCGGUAUAAGAGAUAAGAGAAAACCAAGUCCCCCAAUGGAAUGUAAUGCUAGUGACCCUGAGGAACUCAGAGAGAGUGGAAGGAAAACGCACAAAGGAAAACGCACAAAGAAAAAAUCUGAAGCUCCUAUAGAAAACCCACCUGACAAACAUAGCAGAAAGUGUCCCCCACAAGCUUCAAACAAAGCCCUAAAGCUGAGUUGGAAGAGACAAACCUCAAGCAGUGAUUCUUCUGAUACCUCAUCCUGCAGUGAUCAGCCCACCCCUACUACUCAACAGAAACCUCAGUCAUCUGCAAAAAGGCAGAACCAGGCUGCUACCAGGGAGUCGGUUACCCACUCUGUGUCACCCAAGGCUGUAAAUGGAAUCUCUUCUACGAAGAACAAGAAGGCAGAUGCCCCCAUCUCUAGUUCUGAUAUGGACACUGCAGUGGGAGGCAAUGAAACGCUUGUUUGUCCUGUGCCACCAGAAGAUCUGUCCACUCAUAUACAGCAGCAUUCCCAGUCUCCCACUUCUGAUAGUGCAGAGUCAAUAGAACUUGUUAUUAAAAAGUCCAAUGCAUCACUGUCUUCAUUGACUGAUAAUAGAGUUGCAGGAGUUUCUGAUAAGCUUAGCCCCAACGUUUCUGGAAGAGGCAGAGGGAGAGGAGAAGACUUUUCAUGGAGGGGACAGAGGGGCCGUUGGUUCAGAGGUCAAGGUAACAAUAGCAAUCGAGGAAGAGGACGGGGAGAUUCCAGUAAUGUCUUCUAUAAAUACAACACAGAAAAGGAGAAACAGCAGCAGCUUGAAGAAUCUGCAACAAAUGUCUCCAUAAUCAUACAGAACCCCCAAGAGACCAUGAAAAGGGAUUAUAGUUCCCUGCCUCUGCUUGCUGCUGCCCCUCAGGUUGGAAAGUUGAUUGCCUUUAAGCUCCUUGAGGUGUCCGAAAAUUACACCCCAGAGGUCUCCGAGUACAAGGAAGGGAAGAUACUAAGUUUUGAUCCUGUGACAAAACAGAUUGAAAUGGAAAUUAUUUCACAGCAAACAAUGAGGAAGCCUGGAAAGUUUGAUGUUGUCUAUCAGUCGGAAGAUGGGGAGGAUAUUGUAGAAUACGCGGUGCCACAGGAGAGCAAGGUGAUGCUGAACUGGAACACACUCAUAGAGCCCAGGUUGCUGAUGGAAAAGGAAUCCCAAGUGCAGUGCUGACUUCCCCCUUGGACUUGCACAAAUGCAGUAGUCUGAUCCAAGGCCUGUCGCAUAGUCGUAUCAUGCGGAUACAAGAGAGCAAAAAGGCUGCCCUUCACAUGAUGCAAUUCUUAACUACUCUUCCUGUUUGCAGUGUGCACUUCCUGUGACAUGGCUGUGUUGCUGUGAGUCUGUCUGUCAUGCAUUCAGAGUAAAGUUCUGGUUCUGUGCUGCCUUAACAUUAAGUGCUAUACUACAGGCCAGGCACCGGCUGCCCAACUUCCUUGCCAGGAAAUUUACACAUUAAAUGGCAAAGGGACCACGGGCAGAACUGAUACGUACAUAAUAACUUCUCCAACUCAGCACUGUAUUGGACCCCUAGCUGUGCCACUGCUCGUUGGCACUCUGAGUGCACACUGCUCGACUGAGCCUACUGUCCUGUACAGAAUGUUUUAGAGUCCAAUUUUGUAAUAAAAUGAUUCAUGAUUUA